AGAGAGAGAGUUGUGCACUGUAUUCUUUCUAAUGUGCCUCUCAUAUAAUGGCAGCUAUUUGGUUGAAUUGUAGAAUGUGCCUUGAAGAUUAAAAUAAAGAAUAAAGUAAUGACUGCUUCCAGACAAGGUAGAACAUGACUGUUAACACUUUGGCUUGGGGAUUUUGCUUAUUAAACAAAACCACUGCAUUGUAACCAAAGCAGCACGUGUGGGCCUGUGUGUUUAGUACAUGUAUUUUACAGGUGACAUGGAUGAGGAAUGCCUUCAAAAUUGUCUCUAUUAGAUGGGAACUAUGCAGUGCCAAGUCCCCAGCACCUAGAGUAGUGCACAGUGAUUACUAAAUUGAUGAGUUUCUAACAAUUAAACAACCCAAACCUAAUGGCCACAUCUAUCAUCUUUUUACUAGUGAACAGUGUUUGGGAUUUGUAAACCUCACAUGGCCUGAUGUUUGUCUGCCAGCUGAUUAGAUAUUGCCUGUAGCCACAUUUGUAUCUGUCUCCUUUUCAUUUGUGACCCGAGUGUUACCAGGGCCCUCAGUGUGACCAUGGAUUUGAGACUGUUCACUGGAACCUGGUAGGCUCACACAACUGAAGACAGUGACUCCCCUCUCCUAGAAUUUACCAAUAGCCAAUAGUUUACAGUAAGGGGUAGAGCUCUUUAAGCUCCACCCCCAGUCUGUAACUGAUUGUUAACAGGGCCAUUCUCUGCUGGCCCAAUGCAGGUAAUAAUAGUUGCUGUGAGUUUGUGAUUUUGAUGGCUGUGCCAUGCCCAGAAGGUAGCAUUUUUGCAUUUUCCCCUCUUUCUUCUGUCUCUUAAAUUCUUUCCAACCUUCUGCUAUGUUCCCCGAGCCUUCCUUAAAUGAGAUGGUAGAAAUGUCCUGUGUAUAGCAGAGCAUUCAGUUGUCACAUAUCCUCAGCACCUUGAGCAGCCAGAGUCUGCAGUCCCUUGCAGAGAGAAGCUGAGAACAGCAUCUGUCUAUAUUGUAAAGAUAACUAUUGAGAUACUAUGCCAGUUUAGCUAAGCAAUAAUAAGGUAAGCCACCAGGGCCUGUGCCUUUCCUAGGUGAGUUUUUGACUCAGUUAACAGUAGUAAGCAUGGAUUCUCAAUGGGCCUCAGGUUUAAUCAGAGAGCAGUUGGUUACUCUAUAUCAGCUGUACCACUAUUGCACAAAUAAGCUCAUAUUCCCUAGAAGGUUAUUCUGUCUCAGAAGAAGCUGUCUGUCUUUUGCUUGGAGUUGUCUCCACAACACCAUCUCUGGGAGCAUUAUAGCUUUUUAGUAACUAUUUGUUGAUUGACACAGUGCUUUGCAGUUUAUAAUGCCUUCCUAAAUGGUUCCAGUAACUGGUGCCUUUAAGAGCCUGGCUGAUAGGAUCACCCUGGUUUGAUGGACAUGAAACCAAGGAUGAAGGAGGCCAAGUUAGUUCUCUCACAAACUAGGUCUCAAGUAGGAGAGCUAGAGUUACAGACUCUACAUCUGUUGACUUCUGUACUUUUUCUCAAAUAACUUCUGAACAUUGGUUGAUAGAAAUUCCCCUCUGCUUUCUCCAGUUGAGACCCUCUUCAUUUCAGACUACGACAGAGAGAGUUCCUACAAGAAGUGUCUUCCAAAUGGCACGUCGUCAUCAGCGCUCACAUGUUCUUCUGGGUGCCAGUGCGGGUCAUUUACGGCAGUCUUCUGGGUCACCUGUGGGAGGAACCUAUGAUAAUACUCCAUCUUGUUGGUGGCAGGGAUGUAAACUAACGUUCCUUUCAAACACAUUGUAUUUAUUUUUCAUUCAUUUGAAAUGUAAAUUAAUCAACAGCAAUAACCCAAGUUAUUCUAUUUCCUUAUUAUUUAUUUAUUGUGUGUGUGUGUUUUGUAUUUGCACAUGCCUAUGUUCUCCACGUAUGUGUGCGGAGGCCAGAGAAGGAGGUUGAGCAUCCUGCUGUAUCAUUCUCCAGCCGAACCUGGGGCUAGGCUGGUGCAUUCGUUCCUCCUGUCCUUGUCCCCAUCCACCCACCUCCCGCUCCUCUCCCAUCACUGUGGUCAUAGAUGAAACAUGGCCGUACACAGCCUUUGCAUCGGAUGCUGGGAAUCCGAGUUCGGGUCCCAGACAUGCGCAGCAAAUGAGCCGUCAUCACUCGAGCCUACAAUCCCAGUUCUUCACUUCAGACUCGCGUGGCUCUGAGAGGACCACUCUCCAGCUCUUCUCUUUGUCUUGCACGCCUGGUCAUUUGGAGACAGAAAUUUAAGCAGUGAUGAAUGAGCUCGGCUGACGUUUCUGGAAUCUUGCCCAGGAAGCAGAAAUCUUCCACGGGAUAUUAGACAAGCAAGAGAAAAAUGCUGGCCCAACACUCGGUCCUCAAAGGUUAGGGAUUCCUGGGUGUGCAUUUUGUCUGAGCCACGCAGCCAUAGACCAAACCCUAACAGCACACAGCCAAGACAGCAGACAAUCACGGCCCCUUAUCUCACGUCAACUCUCGGUUUUAUUUAGUCAUUGACCGAGAGAGAUAAUUUGGUAACUUCACCAAGUUUCUGUCCAGUUUGUGGCUGGUAUGUCAGAGUUCUAAGCAGACUGCUAAAUUUGAACAAUGACAUCCUCUGACACAUGACCAUAAGGCAUUACUAGACCAUGACUUGUCACACAGCUCUGGUCAUCACACAGCUCUGGUGUCCUUGGAAAACAUCAGCAAGGAUGUCAGCCCUUUGGCUUGUGUGGCCGUCGGGCUUUAGUAUUAGGGCUGAGGUGCUGAUGGGAACAGCUAAUGGCCCCUGCUGUGUUCUUUCUAGUGCAGCCAUGGUGGUGGAUGGUGGUGAUGUUAAGAGCGGUUUGGGGUAGAAAGUAAGCUUUCUUCUCAUCUACAUCAGUGCUAUCCAGAACCACUGUGCUCCUUUCUGGCUGUGACGGAGCCGGACGUCAUCCCUGGUGCUGUUGCUCGAUCACAGCUGAGGCUUUUGUUGCCCCACGACUUGGGAAGGAUGCUGGGAAGGCCUCAUUAAAGGCCUUCCAGGGAGUGGCUCUGAGUUCGUGGCUGUCUCUCCCUUUGCCCUUCAACCUAGUGAUACUUGGUGAGAACCUUGGGCAUCUAAUGUGCAUGGAUGGACCUUGUAAGCGGACAGCUUAGCAGAGGCAGAGAUGGUUUUGUUUCGAAGAAAUAAUCCUUGAGGAACGGAAAAGCUACUUGUUCUCUGAGGUCGCACAGAUCGUUUUGUUUAUUUUUGUUUUUAGUGUCUUGUUUCCUUCAUUUUUCCAAAGUGCCUAGGAUUUGCUACCAAAAUCAUUUACUCUUUUCUUGUUUGUGUGGUUUUUUGUUUUUUGUUUUUGUUUGUUUUUGUUUUGUUUUUUUUUUGAGACAGGGUUUCUUUGUGUAACAGAGGCCUGGCUGUCCUGGAACUCGAUUUGUAGACCAGGCUAGCCUCAAACUCACAGAAAUCUGCCUGCCUCCUCCUCCAGAGCUCUGGGACUAUAGGCGUGUGCCACCACGCCAGGUGAAUCCCUUAUUCUUAAAACAGGCGAGCGUGUGUCUUUCCGGUCUCUCCCAGGUGUCUUGGCCCAGGCAGUUUUAUUCUGUUGAAAACCUUGUUUUGAGCUGGAGGGAUUGCGCUGUAAUUAAUGAAGCCAGCACUAGGACCAGAAAGCUCUCCGCUUGACUGGCAGUUUCUGUGGAGGACACCUGCCACCACUGCACAGUGUAGCCAUUGUUCCUUCUCUGAGAGCAUUGUGGGCAGAGCCAUGGCUUUUAAAGCCCGGAGUUGAGUCUUCCUUUGUCUCCCUGCCUGCAUUUCAGUUUCAGUGGAAUCCGUUCCUGUCUAUUCUGCUUUCACUGUUACAAACUUAGCAUGUGUUUCUUCUGAGGGUGCGUGCUGAGGUGUCUCGGUGGUAGGAGGAGCGGUGGUCAGGGUCAGAGGCAGGCAAGGGAGCUGGACUCAGAUGCCCGAGUCUUGAGGUUUGGCAGAGGGAACGCAUUUGACUGACCUCUCUGGAUAUGGGCUGUCUGGCGUUGAGCCUCUGUAGGGAGCUGCUGUGCUCUCCAGCCAAGCAUGCUGUGGUCAGAUCUGCCCAGCCCUGGAAUAGAAUCCUUUGCCGGAUGGAAAAUCCAUAAAAGAAAGCUCUUGUGAAGAGCUGAUUCCCACCUGCUGACUUAAGUGCGCCCAGCUAGCCCUCUCUCUGUUUCUGGAGUCCUUGGGAGUUCCUGAGUCCCCCACUCACACGCUGACUGUCGCUAUGGGCAGAAGGUACCCAGAGGCUCGAGGGUGUCCAAGCAGCUCAUAUCUCAAAUUAUAACCUGUUUCCUGCACCAUUGCUGACGUCCAACGAUCCAUGUCAGAAGUACUUCCAGCUGACUCAGGUGUUGGCACCUUGGCAGUGUUUAUGGCCAGCAGCGGAUCCACAGACAUUGCAAACCGGAACAGCCCAGCCACACCACCAAAUACCCUCAAUCUCCGUUCCUCCCACAAUGAACUAUUAAAUGCAGAGAUCAAACACUCAGAUGCCAAGAACAGCACGCCCCCCAAAUGCAGGAAAAAAUAUGCACUGACUAAUAUUCAGGCGGCCAUGGGCCUCUCGGAUCCAGCUGUACAGCCCCUGCUGGGAAACGGCUCUGCCAACAUCAAGCUGGUUAAAAAUGGGGAGAACCAGCUCCGCAAGGCUGCAGAACAGGGGCAGCAGGACCCCAACAAGAACCUCAGCCCUGCAGCCGUCAUCAACCUAACCUCCGAGAAGCUGGAGGUUAAAGAUCCCCACCCACAGGAGUCUUCAGGCUGUGAGAUUUUGCCCUCCCAGCCCAGGAGAACUAAGAGCUUCCUCAAUUACUAUGCAGACCUGGAAACCUCGGCUAGAGAGCUAGGGCAGAACCUGGGCCCCUGCCAAGGGGUUGGAGAGGAGAAAGCCCAGCCUGGCCCAGGCCAGGCCCCAGUAGUCAUUGGGAAUGGUGACUUGCUGCCACAGAAACCAAACAAACCCCAAUCCAGCCCAGAGGAUGGCCAAGUAGCCACAGUAUCGUCCAGCCCAGAGACCAAGAAAGACCACCCUAAAACAGGAGCCAAAACCGACUGUGCCCUCCAUCGGAUCCAGAACCUGGCACCAAGUGACGAGGAAUCCAGCUGGACGACGCUGUCCCAAGACAGUGCCUCCCCCAGCUCCCCAGAUGAAACAGCAGAUAUCUGGAGUGAUCACUCAUUUCAGACAGAUCCCGAUUUGCCGCCGGGCUGGAAGAGAGUCAAUGACAUUGCCGGGACCUAUUACUGGCACAUCCCAACAGGGACGACUCAAUGGGAACGGCCUGUCUCCAUCCCAGCAGAUCUCCACGGCUCUAGGAAAGGGUCACUUAGUUCUGUAACGCCAUCGCCCACCCCAGAGAAUGAGAAACAGCCAUGGAGUGAUUUUGCUGUUCUGAAUGGGGGAAAGAUUAAUAGUGACAUUUGGAAGGAUUUGCACGCAGCCACAGUUAACCCAGACCCCAGUUUAAAAGAGUUUGAAGGAGCAACGCUACGCUAUGCAUCCUUGAAACUCAGAAACGCCCCUCAUGGUGAUGACGAUGAUUCUUGUAGUAUCAACAGUGACCCAGAAGCCAAGUGUUUUGCUGUGCGUUCUCUGGGCUGGGUAGAGAUGGCCGAGGAGGACCUUGCCCCCGGGAAGAGCAGUGUCGCUGUCAACAACUGCAUCCGACAGCUUUCCUACUGCAAAAACGACAUCCGGGACACAGUCGGCAUCUGGGGAGAGGGCAAAGACAUGUACCUGAGCCUGGAAAACGACAUGCUCAGCCUGGUGGACCCCAUGGACCGCUCCGUGUUACACUCCCAGCCCAUCGUGAACAUCCGAGUGUGGGGCGUGGGCCGAGACAACGGCCGAGAGAGGGACUUUGCUUACGUGGCGAGAGACAAGGACACAAGGAUUCUGAAAUGCCAUGUGUUUCGAUGUGACACACCAGCAAAAGCCAUUGCCACAAGUCUCCACGAAAUCUGCUCCAAGAUUAUGGCUGAACGGAAGAACGCCAAAGCACUGGCCUGCAGCUCCUUACAGGAGAGGACCAAUAUGAGUCUCGAUGUCCCUUUGCAAGUAGAUUUUCCAACACCAAAGACGGAGCUGGUGCAGAAGUUCCGCGUGCAGUACCUGGGCAUGUUACCUGUAGACAGACCUGUCGGCAUGGACACCCUGAACAGUGCCAUAGAAAAUCUCAUGACGUCAUCCAGCAAGGAGGACUGGCCUUCGGUGAACAUGAACGUGGCCGACGCCACUGUGACUGUCAUCAGUGAAAAGAAUGAAGAGGAGGUCUUGGUGGAGUGUCGAGUGCGGUUCCUGUCCUUCAUGGGUGUCGGGAAGGAUGUCCACACAUUCGCCUUCAUCAUGGACACUGGGAACCAGCGCUUUGAGUGCCAUGUGUUCUGGUGUGAGCCUAACGCAGCCAAUGUGUCAGAAGCUGUCCAGGCUGCCUGCAUGUUGCGGUAUCAGAAGUGCUUGGUUGCCAGGCCACCUUCGCAGAAAGUCCGGCCCCCGCCCCCGCCAGCAGAUUCAGUGACCCGAAGAGUCACGACCAAUGUGAAACGAGGGGUCUUAUCCCUCAUUGACACUUUGAAACAGAAGCGGCCGGUCACAGAGACUCCCUAGCAGCCCAGGUCUGGAGGAGUCUGACACCAUUACCUGAGGAUCAAGUAGCUACACUAAAGAAGCCGAUACCUGGCCUUCCACUCAGUUGCCGAUGCUUUGUCUCCAGAGAUUUUAUCUUUAACCAGACAGUGUUAGACAAGCAUGUGACCUCGUCUUGCCGCCACCAUGUGAUAUAAAGAGGAGCAUGAUUUUUUCUUUCCUGUAAGUUACAUCAUGAGCAGCAGAAGGUCGUCUUCUUGUAAAUAUUGUGAACAGGACUUCCGAGCACACACACAGAAGAAUGCGGCCACACCCUUCCUAGCCAACUAACACUGCAUCCUUGGACGAACGGUGCCCAAGUUCAUUUUGCUGUCCUCUUGACUGGAUCUGUCACAAGCCAACUUGGGGUCCCUCAGCACUUUGCCCUGAUUUCGGAUCCUGAGUAACAGAUACCACUGAAUUGCUGUAACAAUGGGGUGACACCUUUGGGUUUUAGUUUUUCAUAACACUGAGCCUGUUGGUUGACAAAACUUGGCUGUUGGCGUCGGUACAGACACCAGCCACCGAGCUCUCUGACACAUGGACACUGGUUCACAUCUACAGCUAUUUGAGGUGCCGGGCAAAGGAGAACUUUAAAAUUGAUAGAAAACUAAAUUUGAGGAAUUAAAAUCAAGCAAAAAAAAAAAAAAAAGGCCUUUCUUUUCAGAUGGUUUUCAGACUGGUUAUUUUAAAAAAGAGAUUUACAGAGUCAUGACGCAUUUGGGAUGGAACGUAUUUCAAACUUCUGCCUUACACUGUACAAUGCAGCUAGAGAAUUAAAGUGUACUAUGGCCAUUCUCUACCCACACCUGGAAAAUGAAAUAUUCCUACCGUUUCCAUCCUUAGUUUGAUACCGAGCUAAUAUGCAAUUUAGAAUCGAGGAAAUGUCAUUUAUAUCUGUCACACGCCAUUAUUUUCGAUCUCCACCGUAAUUCUUGUUAGCUCUCACCCCGGAGGUAAAUGCACUCCUGGGAUUCCGCCACUGCCCCAGCCUCUCUCUGCUCUUUGUCCAGGAAGCUGUCUGUCCAUCAUCUGUUGUCCAUGGCAACAAAUCUUAAGUUGUAAUUUCCCUGAAUUUAUGUGUUUAAUGUUAGAAGUUUGUUAAGACUUGACUAGAUGUGUUUUUAAACAUCUAUUUUUUUCCAUUUUAUUUUCAAGAUUUAAUUUUUUUCCUAUCAGCAAAAAUAAUGGAUUUCCUUAUAGUGACUCCCACAUAUCAUGUUCCUGCCUCUCUUUUAUGUAGCUAAGGAACCUAAACCAUAAACAUAUACAAAUGUAGACUCUUGUUUACAUUGUUAUUUUAAAAGGCCCAUCUUAUUAGUAUUUACUGUUAAUGUCAAAACUAAUAUCGUUAUAAAAUAGUGGGGCUUUUUCCCUUGCUCUGUACCUGUCAGAACGGUCUGCAGUUUUAUCACAUUGGAGCCUUACAUGGUAGGAAAGGCGCUGACCUCGCUGAGGAAAUCAGAAUACAGAGCACCACAAGCUAACGAAGUGACUUAGGAAGCCACCAAAGUUCAUGAGAGCCAGGAUCACGACCCACAUCUCAAAACUUUUACCGCGUAUGCCUCCUCCGUGCAAUCAGGAGGACCCUUCACAAAGGACUCUGGGGCCACACAGUGAACAGGAAUACUGUCAGGCAAUCUCAGAACUCCCCAGUGAGUUAAGGAAAAUGGCCACUUACCGUAAGCCCGUUGUCCUUUCUCAGUCCAGGACUGUGUUCCUUAAAUAUGUCAUAGAGGAAGAAUGUCUGUCCUCAGCAGCCUGGUCCCGUCUCAGACUUUCCAGAGAUUAAGUUGCCUGUGGUAGGAACACUCCCGGCUGUGGCACUUAACCACCGCAGAACGUGAUGGAGCGACUGAGUGGGAUGCAGAGAAGCUGGAAUUUUUCGCUGGCAUCCUAACUUUACAGUAAAAGUGAUGUCGCUUGAGAGAAGGUGGUACCCUCGGUGCCGGCUUGCACACUAGCUGAAGUAACGGGUGCCAGCUGAGACAUUUCUGCAGACCGAAAACCUUAUUGUGCCCAGAGAAAAACUGUUUAGAAUCCCGUUAUCACGGUCUCUAAUUUUGAUCUCUGCAGCGGAAUGUUUUAGGGCACUUGGCUUCAAAACUGAAGAAAUCCGCAUUUCGAUAGGCAGUCUCUACCCAAACCCUUUUCAUUUUUUAAGGCAUAUGUGUUUGUUUGUUUGUUUGUUUGUUUGUUUUCAGGAUCAAGAAGUCUGAGCUAGCUUUAAGCAGCAAACUGAUUUAUAUAUGCAAUUUUAGGAUGCAGUAAGAUGGAGGAUAGCCUUCUUAUGUGUGAGACGCUUUUACUGCACAUGUUCUGUUCGGAGAAUAGCUUUGCGUACUAAGUGCAGGUUGAUUUUUUUUUUUUUUUGGUAAAAUGAAUUAUGUUAAACAAUAUGUUCAGACACUUUCUGCCAUGGCCAAAAAGUAUGUAUGGAAGUCUGUUUGUAUUUGUCUGUGAGAGGAUGCUGAUGUUUUACCUGAGGUCUCUGUGAUACUUUCGUUACCUAUGCAUUCUUUAUAUCCGUGGUUCGGUAAACAGGCAGCCAUGUUCACGAUGCCUUGUGUGUCUUAUCUUUUUUUUUUUUUUUUAAUUAACCUGUUAAAUACAGCUUGAAAUAUUUUUAUUUUAUUUAUUCUAUUUUUACUGAAAUAUACUGCAUUAUUGUGUUGCUGUAUUAUCUUUACUGGGUAUGAUGUCCUUGUAUCCAGGUCUUAAAGUAACUCAGUGAACUAUAUCCAUCGCCUGAAAGGUGGUUUGGUGAUGGUUUGCAGUCACAUUUCUGUUGGAAUAUGUAGAAGGUAAAAUGCUUAAAGUUCCUCUUAUUUUUUGAAAGCAGAUAGAUAGAUGCACCCUUACCACCUUAUCUGCGUGCCCCUUGGAAGCAUCUAGGGGGCAGCCGACAUGCCGUCUGGCGAAGACCUCUACUUUGUAGACUAAGGCACUGUGCGGUGCUUCGUUUUUAUAUCUUCACAACACGUGUGAUUUCAUCAAAAAUAUACACAGAGCCACAUGCCCUUCGUCUCUGCCUGGACUCAAGGCCACCCAUAGCUAACUAGAGCCACUGUUUUGUUUAUUUGUCUGUCUGUCUUACUGCACGAAGGGACAUUAGGCCCACUUCCAUUAAAGCAAAUUCUUGGUGAUACAACUGUUGGCACUGCUAAUUUUUUUUCUUUUUUUUUUUAAUCCACAUUAGGUGUUUAAGAAGGACACAUAACAAACUACUCAAAACUGGGCCUCUUAACUUGCAGCCCCCAAAACUCCCCUGAGUGUGUGGCACAUUCGCUUUAUGAACAUUGCAACACAAGACUCCAGAAACCACGUCUCCCUGACAUCAGCACAGUUUAAUGAAACCAAAAGCUCUCUAGUUGGCCCAGUUUAACCUAACAUCUGAUGUGUUUACAGCCAGUUAAAAAAAAAAAGUAAUUGGACCUGUUUCAGCAUGCUGGCAGUGUGGCCCAGUGGCACGGCUCUUGUACAACAUGCAGGGAUCUGUGUUUAGUCCCUGAAAAGUGUCAGGGGAAAGGUUGGCACUGCAAGGCGGUGAAGACAUCGCCAGGCAGCCACAUCGGCCACUUCCUCCUGGAAAGACAUCUUGUUUCUUUGUGUUGCCAUUUGCUGUUGACUGUGUUUACACAUUUUCAUGUAAAAUGUCCUGGGAAUAAAUGUAACUGCAUAAAA